CGCCAAGUCCUUGGAACAGUCGUCGGUAUUUCACGAGAUGUAUCCGAUCCCCAUUUUAUCGACCGGGUGACGGUCCAUACUCCAAAAGGAGCCAUGACCGACAUAUCUGCCGCACUUGUCGUUGAUUGUACUGGAUCUGCCGCCGCCGGUCUAAAGUGGCUUCGAAGGUAAGGUUACGGCGUCAGUGAUACAUAUGAAAAAAAAUCAGUUACCCCUCGACAAACUGAAGAUCUCCUACGAACAGAAGCUUCAUUACUCUACCCUCCAACUCCGUGCUCCCCCCGAGCUAGGGAGGAAGCUUCCGGGACUCCCGGUACCGUAUGAUGAAUGCGGGAUGAUAUACGUAUUUAUUCCAGAUCCAAACAAGGAGAACCGAUGCAUAUACUCCCAAAGGAUUGACGGGGAUUUUAUACAACUUUGUUUCGGCGCCUCCAGUUCGGAAAGUGGCGAGCUACCAAAGACUUUGGAAGAAGCAAAAGCCUGGGCUCGAAGCCUCAUUACGGAGGUUCCGAUUCCCGAGGGGUGGUUUGCUAUGGUGGAUAUGCUGAAGGAGGUGCAGGAUUCCAUGACAUGCAGCCAAGUCCGUUUUGCGCCAUCAACUUGGAUUCGGUAUGAGAAGGGAGUAAAUCUACCGUCGAAUUGGAUCGCUGCUGGAGACAGCGUAAUGAGGGUCAAUCCUAUUUUUGGACAUGGGUGCUCCAAAGUGAUCUACGGUGCUAUUUGUCUGAAUAAGCUACUGCAAACCGUCCCUAGUAUCGAUACCCAAGGAUUUUUCCAAGAAGUACUUCGGGAUGCACGCGGAUAAGAUUGAACCGCUUUGGUGGGUACCGGUUAUUCUCCUAAGGUUCAAAUUCGGCGACUCAUGCACGGCGAUACCUUCAGGAGUACGACAAAAGUCAUUGAUUACGCGUUUGCGACUACUGUGCCGGUCCCAGGAGAGACACUCCCUGAAGGUA